AGGGCACAUAACUUUGGAGAAGUAGAAAGAGCGCAUGUAGACGUGGAAACUGCUGGACCCAUGGAAAGAAAGCAGUGACAGGGUCUGGCAUAUACAUCACUGUUUCUAAGAUCAAAACCAAGUUUGGAGAUCAUGGCUGAGACAAAAAGUGGCACCAGUCCCAGUCACCCUUCAAAGGGGGGUGCUGGCGAUUUCACUAAACGAGUCCAACGGAAAUUUAGUCGCGCACAAGAGAGGGUUUUGCAGAAGUUUGGCAGGUCUGAAGAGACAGUAGAUGUACAGUUUGAAACAUGUGUACAAAACCUCCAAGAACAGCAGAAUGAUGGACAGAGAAUAUACAAGGACCUUAAAGCAUACUUAAAUGCUGUCAGAGUUAUGCGAGAUGCAUCCGGUCGUCUGUUUCAGUCUCUGUUUGACGUUUAUGAGCUUGAAUGGGAAGGGGGAGAGGACCUUGGGGCUGUUGUAGAGGGGGAAGACCUGCUGUGGAACGAUUAUGAGGCAAAACUGCGAGACCAGGCACUGCUUACAAUAGAAUCUUAUAUGAGCCAGUUCCCAGAUAUGAGAGAAAGGAUUGCCAAACGAGGCAGAAAACUUGUGGACUAUGAUAUUACUCGUCACCAACUGGAAUCACUGCAGAAUGCCAAAAAGAGAGAUGACAUCAAGAUAAACAAGGCUGAGGAUGAAGUAAAAUUUACCAAAAAAAUCUUUGAGGACUUAAACAGAGAACUGAAAGGGGAGCUGCCGCCUCUGUAUGAUAGUCGCAUUGGAUGCUAUAUAACAGUCUUCCAAGCUAUCUCAAAUUUGAGGGAAAUCUUCUACCAGGAAAUGUCUCUGAAUAACAAGGAUUUACAAAAUAUCAUGAUGAACCUAAAAGCCCAGCAUCCUGACAAGAGCUUUGUGGUGAAGAACUUCAACCGUGGAACAUUGAAGAGGAGGUCGCUAAAAGAUGCACUGUCUCCCAGAUCAUUGAGAGCCAGCUUCUCUGAGCUCCACAUGAGUUACAGUUCUCGAGGUACACUGAGGAGAGAACAUACACCAAGUUUUAGGUCUGGCAAAAGCCCAUAUGAGCCUUCCAGCCAAGAGGUCCUGGCAAGCCCCACAAGACCAAAGCCCCCUAGGAACAUCAGUUAUGGGGAGACAGACACCAUUUCCAGAAGUGAGGACAACCCAGAAGUAGAGAGAAAACCUUCAACUAUAUCUGCACCUGCAAUGGUUGAUUCAAAAGCUCCAGAAAGUGUGCACACUUACAGCCUUACAGACAAAAAUGCAAAUCAAGAGAAUGAAGGUACUGAAACAAAAGAAAGGGAACCAUUGUUGUCCCCAGAAAAGGAUGGAGUGAGCUUAGAGAUCAAGAAUGAUUCAUCUCCAGAGGCUUGUGAUAAGAAUGAAUUGGAUUUGAAUAUAAAUCAGUCUGAAAAAGUUAAUUCUGUGGUCUUAUCAAUUGUUGAAGAUCCUAAAGAGCACAGCACCCAACCUGAAGAACUAAGUCAACCUCACUCAGUAAGGGUGGCUGGAGUAGCCAUAAAUUCCAACAUAGUAAACAAAGAAGAACCCGGAGUCUCUUCCAAGGAAAAUGCCACAAAUAAUCAAAUAUUCGAUGAAAUGAAAGAGGAAACAUUCUGAAACAGAGGAUAUUUGGGAUGAACUGCAUUUAAACCAAAUACACAUCUCCUAUUUGGAUAUUACUACACAAAUUCCAAAAAUGUCAACCAAAUAAAACCUAUUCUUCCUCUUUUUCUUGUUCCUAAUAUUAUAAAGAGAAAUUGAAGAAAAUGCUAAUUAAUCUUUAAAUCAAGCUUAGACUCUAAUCAAUUUACCUGCAUAUGAUCAAACCUAUUCUAAUCAGUAAUUAAUUCAUAUGAGUAUAUAAUGUAUUUUCCAUAUUUCUUUUUUGAUUGUCUUGUGAGUUCACCCUUAAGGGCAAUUUGGGUGUUGGAUUGUGGGCUCUUAUAUUGCUGUGUUAAAUGCACUUAACUGCAAAUAUACUUUACUUGUUAUUAAUUGUUAAAAAAAAGAACUGAUUGUUAAUUUUUUAAUAAAGUCGAAUGUGCCCACCA